AUGGUGAAUAUAUAUAAUAAUAUGGCUAAAUCUUUAAAAAUAAAUAGUCGAUUAGGUUUCAAUCAACUAAAUAUAUUUCAGAACAAUUAUUUUGUAGCACACAAAAGAUAUGUAUCUGUUUUAGCAAAUGAAUUAAGAAGUGGUAAUAUAUUUUUUCAUAAUGAUAAAUAUUGUGAGGUGACGGAACAAAGGCAAAUUAAACAAGGCAGAUUGGCAACUACAAAUAUGAUAUCUUUUGUAGACUUGAGCACGCUAAAGAGUUCCUCCGUAAAAUUUGCAUGCCAAGCUAAGGUUGAUAAAAUCGAGCCAGUUAAAGUAAAUGUGCAUAUACAAUAUACUGAUAAACAAAAAAACAUUGUAGUUUGUUUAGAUCAAAAUUAUGAAGACGUUGAAAUACCGAUGAAUAUUUUUGGUGUGUCCGAAGAAUACUUAGAACCAGGUAUGGAAAUUAGUGUUUUUAAACAUGAGGAUAAAAUUAUAAAAGUUAAUUUACCAUCAUCAUUAUUAGCAACUUUAAGAAAAAAAUGA